CCCGCCCUUUCCACUUCCACGAUUUCGAUCUUUCUUCUCCGACGACGACGAGUUUUUGAGCGAAAGGUUCAGCUGCGGCGUUCGGAAGGUGUGACCUGAUUAACUAGUGCUUUGAGAACCUCGAAAUCGAGCAGAUUUCCAUUAAUUUUGCUCCGGCUGCGAACAAAGACGAGGAGCGAAUCUGCACGGCCAAAGUGCGCCAGCAAGAGGAGAUUCUCAAAGUUAAAUAAAAAUAGCCGAUUUUGGACAGUGGCCAGGAAUAAGGGCGACGUCAUCUGUUGUAUAAUUUAGUGCGAUCGUCGGUCGGUUGUAUUCGGCAAAAAUGCAUCGUGCAAGGACAGUUAUCAACAACCUGGUGCCUCUGGCGCCCCUUGUGCCCAAAGUUGCCCCCGAGAGGUUCGCCGCGUGGUUGGCAGCCGCCCCCAACAAGAUCAUCAUCAAUUCGCCACCUAAACGGUGGUACAAUGCACCUGUCGCCACUGAACCCUUCCUCAACGGCAGUUCCGGCAGCUAUGUCGAGGAAAUGUACAACUCCUGGCUUGCUGACCCCAAGAGCGUCCAUGCGUCUUGGGAUGCCUUCUUCCGAAACUCGUCAUCCGGAGCUGGACCUGGCCAGGCUUACCAAGCCCCACCAUCAUUGGCCCUGCCAGGUCGCAACGAGACCGCCCUGACAUCGCUGGCACCCUUCUUUGGCGGCGGUGCUGCCCUUGGAGGUCAAGUUGACGACAAGGUCAUAGACGACCACCUGGCCGUGCAAGCCAUCAUCCGCUCGUAUCAGAUUCGUGGUCAUCAUAUCGCUGAACUUGAUCCUUUGGGCAUCUCAUCAGCAGAUUUAGAUGACAGAAUCCCGCCAGAAUUACUCUAUAAUCAUUAUUCCUUCGACAAGCUACCCGCCAGCACAAGUUAUUCAGACCUGGAGCGGAAAGUUGCAGCUCUAAUGACGCAGGAGAAGGACAUGGAGCGCGUCUUUAAACUUCCGUCAACAACAUACAUUGGUGGCAAGGACAAGGCUCUACCCCUGAAGGAAAUCCUGCGCCGCCUGGAAACGGCCUACUGCAGACACAUUGGCGUGGAGUUCAUGUUCAUCAACUCUCUGGAGCAGUGCAACUGGAUCAGACAAAAGUUUGAAACUCCAGGCAUCAUGGAGAUGGACAGUGACCAAAAGCGUCUCAUUCUUGCCCGUCUCACCAGAGCUACACACUUUGAAGCCUUCCUUGCUCGCAAGUGGUCAUCUGAGAAACGCUUUGGUCUUGAAGGCUGUGAAAUUCUCAUCCCUGCUAUGAAGCAAAUCAUUGACAAGUCCACCGAGCUUGGAGUUGAGUCCAUUGUGAUGGGAAUGCCGCACAGAGGUCGUCUGAACGUGCUGGCCAAUGUGUGCCGCAAACCACUUGAACAGAUCUUCACCCAGUUUGCUGGUCUUGAGGCUGCUGAUGAUGGUUCUGGAGACGUCAAAUAUCACUUGGGAACAUACAUUGAGCGUCUCAACAGAGUCACCAACAAGAACAUCCGUCUGGCUGUGGUGGCCAAUCCCUCUCACUUGGAGGCUUGUGACCCCAUUGUCCAGGGCAAGACUAGAGCUGAGCAGUUCUACCGCGGAGACGGCGAAGGCAAGAAGGUCAUGUCCAUGCUUCUGCACGGAGAUGCUGCCUUCUGUGGUCAGGGCAUUGUCUUUGAGACCUUCCACUUGUCUGACUUGCCCGACUACACCACUCAUGGCACAAUCCACAUUGUGGUCAACAACCAGAUUGGCUUCACCACUGACCCAAGGUUCUCCCGCUCCUCUCCAUACUGCACAGACGUCGCUAGGGUGGUCAACGCACCCAUCUUCCAUGUGAACUCUGACGACCCCGAAUCAGUGAUGCAUGUCUGCAAUGUUGCGGCCGAAUGGCGAAACACUUUCCACAAGGACGUCGUUGUUGAUAUUGUUUCUUACAGACGCAAUGGCCACAACGAAAUCGACGAACCCAUGUUUACCCAACCUUUGAUGUACCGCAAGAUCCGGAACACCAAGCCCGGCCUUCAAUUGUAUGCCGAGAAGCUGAUCAAGGAGGGAACUGUGACCGAAGAAGAAGUUAAGGAUGUUGCUGAUAAGUAUGAGAAGAUCUGUGAGGAGGCGUACACAAACGCUCGCAAGGAGACACACAUUAAGUACAAGGACUGGCUUGACUCUCCCUGGUCUGGCUUCUUCGAGGGCAAGGACCCUCUCAAGGUUUCACUCACUGGCAUCAAGGAGGACACUUUGGUCCACGUUGGCAAGCGUUUCUCGUCGCCACCACCCAAUGCUGCCGAAUUUGUCAUCCACAGGGGUCUUGAGCGCAUCCUGAAGGCACGCAUGGAGAUGGUUGAGGCGCGCACUGUUGAUUGGGCCCUUGCCGAGGCCAUGGCCUUUGGGUCUCUCCUGAAGGAGGGAAUCCACGUCCGCCUCAGUGGCCAGGAUGUUGAACGAGGCACUUUCAGCCAUCGUCAUCAUGUCCUUCACCACCAGAAUGUCGACAAGGCCACUUACCGUCCUCUGUGCUUCCUUUAUCCCGAUCAGGCUCCUUACACUGUUAGCAACAGCUCCCUCUCUGAGUUUGGUGUGCUUGGAUUUGAACUUGGCUACUCGAUGACCAACCCCAACGCCCUGGUGUGCUGGGAAGCACAGUUUGGCGACUUCAACAACACCGCCCAGUGCAUCAUCGACCAGUUCAUCUCCUCUGGUCAAGCCAAGUGGGUGCGCCAGUCCGGCCUUGUCAUGCUUCUGCCGCACGGCCUUGAGGGAAUGGGCCCUGAACAUUCAAGCGCCCGACUGGAGCGAUUCCUGCAGAUGUCCUCUGAUGACCCCGAUUACUUCCCACCAGAGAGCGAGGAGUUUGCAGUUCGCCAGCUGCACGACAUCAACUGGAUUGUGGCCAACUGCUCGUCACCAGCCAACUACUUCCACAUCCUCAGGAGGCAGAUUGCGCUGCCCUUCCGCAAGCCCUUGGUCAUCAUGACCCCCAAGUCACUGCUGCGCCAUCCAGAGGCCAAGUCCAGCUUCGAUGAAAUGGUCGAAGGCUCUGAAUUCCUGAGGGUGAUUCCCGAGGGUGGAGCUGCUAGUCAGAACCCUUCCUCUGUGAAAAAGGUGGUCUUCUGCACAGGCAAGGUUUACUAUGACCUAAAGAAAGCCCGCGAUUCAAAGGACCUUGCCAGUGACAUUGCCAUCAGCAGAGUCGAACAGAUUUCUCCAUUCCCAUUUGAUCUUGUGAAGAACGAGUGUGCUAAGUACCCGAACGCAGAGUUGGUCUGGGCUCAGGAGGAGCACAAGAACCAGGGUGCAUGGUCGUACGUCCAGCCACGUUUUAACACUGCCCUCAACAACACCCGUAGCCUCAGCUAUGUGGGCAGACCGACAGCCGCGUCUCCGGCCACUGGCAGCAAAAUGCAGCACUACAAGGAACACGCUCAACUGCUCGAGGAUACACUCGCCCUUUAAAGUGCUCUGGACGCAAAGCACAUUUGUACAGCCCCCACCCUUUGUAAAUCAGCACCUAUACCCAGACGUUUUUGCACACUCUAAACUUGCCUAUUACGAGUACCGAAGAAAGCUCUGUAGUGGCAGGCGCUCCAAAGAAACAUCAGAGGAACAAAGGAAGCAAAUUUAUGCUGCAUGUUGUUGAAAAUUCGCGUUUAUUGGUUGCAUAAUUGACUCACUAAUUCAUCGUACUUAGAGAUCGCACGCAGCAAGUCGGUAUUGCUGGCACUGCCGACCUCAAUUCUCAGCAGCACUUGUUUGUCUUUCACAGACUGCUGUUUAGCCUUUCAAAUUUAAUAUUAUUUUGUUCUGCAAAAAGACGAUUUUUUUGCAAGUCGUUACAACAAGUCUUACAGCAUUUUAGUUUUGAAACUUGCAAGUUGUUGAAAAACUGGAAAUCAUUAUUAAUUAUAACCAUUCUACUGUUUGUUGCCUGCAAGCAAGACCCAUUUAUUUAUAAAUGACUAUUCUCGUUAAGUAGCCUAAGUAGUAAUUUAUUAUUUGCAAAACAUAAGUUUUGCCAUAAAUAGAGAAAAUCACAUUACCAAGCAGAGAGGUUUUACUUCUAAGCAGUUUCGCAUGUCCACGAAUACUCUUGAUGCGAGCAGUGAGACCACUCGUUUUGCAGGUAGUCAACCAAAGGAGUGGACAGCAGACUGAUAAAAAAAAUUGUGUUUUCAGACAGCAAUGUUGCCUUGUGUUAAUUGCUCGAGUUGAAAGAAAAUGAUGGUUACAGAGAUUGUUGUACCUGCAGAGAACAGCCGAAUAAAUUAUUAUUUCUGACAAA